CAUGGCAGCAGGCAGGUCUGUGCAGGCGGCGCGGGAUUGCUUCAGCCCCUUGCUCCGGCUCAGUCGCCAUCAGUUCCGCUCCAACAGAGGUCUGCCUUUUGCCUUUAGCACUGCUGCACAACAGAGGAGCACAGGGGAUGAUUGUGGCCCAGAAGAUCCUCAUGAUGAACCUAGACAUCUCCUGAAUGAAAACAAUUUAGAGCACAAAGCCAUCAAAUUGGAAGAACAAGUCCGGGUCUUAACAGAACGGUACCAGAAAGCCCUGACAGAUUCUGAAAAUGUCAGGCGAAGGACACAAAAGUUUGUAGAGGAUGCGAAGAUUUUUGGCAUCCAGAGUUUUUGUAGAGACCUAGUAGAGGUAGCGGAUAUCCUGGAGAAGACCUCAGAGUGUGCUGUAAUAGAAGAACACAGUGACCCAGCUCUGACUCUGAACAAGAUCUGUGAAGGCCUGUCUCUCAUAGAGUCCAAGCUACAAUGCAUCUUUGCUAAGCAUGGCCUCCAAAAGAUGAACCCCGUUGGUGGCAAAUAUGACCCCUAUGAUCAUGAAAUAGUGUGUCAUGUGCCAGCAGAGGAAAUGCAGCCAGGCACUGUGGCAUUAGUGAUUCUGGAUGGCUAUAAACUACGCGGCCGCACCAUUAGACAUGCACAUGUAGGUGUGGCAGUAGAAUCCCAGGAAUGAGGUGGACGUGCUUAUUAAUACUUGAGAUCCAAAUGAACAGACUUCUCUGUCCACAUGACAAUUGCUGCUAUUAUGGCAUGUCUUCUUUUUAUUAUUUAUUAAGCCAAGUUUGUGUUCAUAUGCUGGCCUCUCAGGAUGGGUGCAGUAGCCUGACCUUCGCUUCCAAGAUGUACAGUUAUUUAAUGUUACUUUUCCUCUGUUAUAAAUAUUUUUCUGGCUGUUUCUCAGACAUACGUAGAUCUCUGGUUGUUAAUGUUUGCAAUUUCAGUUCUGCAUGAAAUUCUGCAUUGGAGAGAGAAAGGAAUACUAGGGAAAUAUUGUGCAAUGGAACUUCCCCUUCCUCCCCUCCAGUGGUAUAGCUAGGAUGUUUUACAUCCUGGACCUAAUAGUCUUACGAAGGGGGGGGGGGUGCUCCCUUGGGAAAGACACUCUGUACAUGCUUACUUCACAUAUCAACAUCAAAGGAGAGCUCUUCCCCAACUACCUCCUUUAUUUUUACAUAUUUCUCUUCUCUCUUGAUCUUUUUCCUAAAUGGCAACUUCCCCAAUUUUCUCCUUUGGAAACUCCUCUCCCCUCCCCAUCCCCAAAUCUACUCAGCCUAAACUCAUGAUUAUUUAUUCCAGUGUUGUUUUUGUUUUCAAACAUUUUUUUUACAUUUGUUAGAUUGGGUCUUCUCUUUUUGCCAUUCUUGAGUGUGUUGGAUUAAACUUCCUUGGUUUUCUCUUUGCGGACUCUUUCACAACCCAUGAUCUCCCUACCAAUCUUACAUUUUUUUAAUUCUGCCUUUCCUCGUACAUCCAAAGGUUUCUUCUUGCUACUCAAACUCUAUUGGAAAACUAGCCAGGCUGGUAUAUGCGAUGGAGGGUGGAGGGGCUAGGGGCCGGGGCCGCAAACAGGAAAGUCAUCCAUUUCAUAUUUGCAUUCUUUUAGACCUCUCAGGUAGUUACCACUUGGAUUUGCCAAUAAGGCCUAAAACAUAAUCCCAUUUGCUGCUUCGGAUUUUUUUUUUAAAAAAAAUCGUUGGUUUAAAUGUAUUUAGCAAUAUUCUCCUUGCAUUCUUCUUGUUGUUGUUGCAUCCCUUAUAUUCCUUGUGUAUUUACACAGGGGCUCUGUUCCUUUUUGUUCUCAUUUGGGCGAGACUUUCAUUUUCUGAAGGGAGCUUUCUACCCUCUAAUAGCUUCCUUGACUUUUCUUGCUAACCACAUUGGUGACCUUGUGGACUCUGUAUCUGUUAGAUACUCUUAAGCCUCCGGGUUUGGAGACUUAUGAGUAUCAAUAAUGGAUCACAUAGGAGCCAACUAUGUAGGUAAGAAUGGGAGGACCAAGUUCAGUGAUGGAACACAUGCUUUGAAUGCAAAAGAUUCAGUUCCCUGCAUCUCUUCUCAUGUAACAGAGCUGGAAAAGCUUUUGGUUCUUGGGUAACCAUGGCGGGAAAGACCUCAACCACAGACCUUGUCAUUGCCAGUUAAGAGUAAGAUAGUAUUGGACUAGAUGAACCAAUGGUCAACAUUCUACCAAUAUAAGAGAUUCUGUUGGAACCUAACUUAAAAAUAUAUUUUAAGAUUUGGAGUUUUCAAAGAUUUCCUGUUUAUUAAGCUCAGACGGUUCCUAGAUCCUUUAUGAAGAUUAAGACUUCUUGUCCAAAAAUUCUUCCUCAAAAUACUGCAACCUUUAAGCACAAUUUGAUAUGUUGUGCUGGAAGUGAUUGAAUUGUCCUGGCCUUCAAAUGGGAAGUGCUGUUUGAGCUCUCAAGUAAUUGAUAAACAAAUAGUAUUGUGGGAAAAUCAGAGACUACUUGAUUAGAAAUGCUUUGUUUUUAUUUUAGUUAUUGUUAUUAUUAUUUUUUAAAAAAGAUAAAAGUAUAUGAAUAAACAUUUGAAGUGUCCUUGAGUUAAUUUCAGUAAAAAUAGUGGAGGAAUUAAUAGAUUUUGGGGGUCUGAGUUUUAGUAAAAACUCAGGAACUAACUUUAUGUAGCCACCAAACCUGUGAGUUAAACUGAUAUAAUUCAGCAGAAGAAUGAAAGACAAGUGGAUGUUUGGUUCCAAUAUUUUUUUGUGUAAUA